UCACUGCCGGUUUGUGUGGGGCGUUUGGUGUGUUGUAUUUGACUCAGGAACGACGUCAUGUCUGGUCGCGGCAAGCAAGGGGGCAAGGCGAGAGCCAAGGCCAAGUCUCGUUCUUCCCGUGCCGGACUCCAGUUCCCGGUCGGUCGUGUUCACCGCCUGCUGCGCAAAGGUAACUACGCCGAGCGGGUGGGCGCCGGCGCUCCCGUCUACCUGGCGGCGGUGCUGGAAUAUCUGACGGCGGAAAUCCUGGAGUUGGCCGGCAACGCUGCUCGGGAUAACAAGAAGACCCGCAUCAUCCCUCGUCACCUGCAGCUGGCCAUUCGCAACGACGAAGAGCUCAACAAACUCCUGGGCAAAGUGACGAUCGCUCAAGGGGGCGUGUUGCCCAAUAUCCAAGCGGUCCUUUUGCCCAAGAAGACGGAAAGCCACAAAGCGAAAGGAAAAUAGGAGUUGCUCUGAAGAACAGGAACAUUGAAUUUCAAACCCAAAGGCUCUUUUCAGAGCCACCUACAAUUUCAAGUAAGGAGCUGAGUCUUUUAGGGUAUCGAAUGAGUCGUUUCCUUCGCAGAUCCAAAGCGUAUCGGAGCUGGCACUUCCCUAGCCAAGGGCUUGCAUAUGAUCGCGAAUAUUGCCUUAUCGAACAGAUUUAGAAAAACCCACCUGUUACUAUACAUAAGGCUUCAGCUGUUAACAUUCCAAACACCCACCGUUUAACUUAUUAUAAAAGCGUGUGAGGAUGGGGAGGCAAUCUUAACAAAUCGCCGCGUCCGGCGGGAUUAUUCAAACUGUUUUUUCCAUGUUUAAUCUAAAAUUACGAUCCCAUAACACUCGCCCAAGGGCACUUAACCGUAGGACCCCUUUUCUUCAGCAAUAAAUCAAUUUUUAAAAAUAA